AUGAAAAGAAUGAUCAGGUCAAGUGUGACGAAAAUUUCUACUGCCACUACGAAUAUUCCAAGGACGUACAGCUCAAAAUCUACAGUGAAUAAGUUACCGAAACCUGAUCGUCUACUGGUUGUAUCCUCAUACACAAGCAAAGUUCUCAUUUUCACAACACUACAAAUAGCCAUCACAUUGAUCGUUUCAAUCAUCUUUUCUCAAUCCUUAGCGGGACAAGUGUUACAUAUCGCUGAACAGUUAUUGAUUCCUGCUUUAUUCGUGUUGAUCGCGGUAGCGAUAGUAAUAGUGAUUGCAGUUUUGAAGAAGUUCACUGAAAACUAUGCUCUGAACGUUGCUUUCGUGAUCGUAUACUCCACAUGUUUGGCAAUAUUACUUGGCGUUUCAAAUACAGUAUUAAGUCCUUUAACUACUUUUGUCAUCUUCGUUAUCAGUUUGGUAAUCUUCACGUCUGCGUUGCUGAUUGGUGCAGCAAUCAAGACAGGUUCAGUAGAUAAAUCAAGAAAAAUCGUGUUAUCAUUCGGGGCCAUAUGGGCUGUUAUUGUGACUAUUUCGGUCGUAAUAGACGCUGUGGUUCAAAAGGAGGCGUUAAUCGGUCUUGAUAUUGUUGCAGAGAUAAUUUUAUAUAUUAUAACAAUAUUUUUAAGUCACUUGACAAUUGGUAAAUCACGAUAUCGUCUCUUUUAUCCAUUUUAUGCAUCGGCAUCAAUAUUUUUGUACACUGUGUUUUAUUUGGUAUACUAUCAGUCGAUAAUGCUGGGUUCAUCAAUAUGUUUUCAGAAUUGGACAUCUAUAUGUUCAGGAAACUGUUCAUAUGAAUGUGUUCGGAACUGUUCAAUUAACUGGUUUCCUUUUGAAGAAACUGGUUUAUAA